CGCGAGCCGGCCGGACCGCGGCGCCGCCCGAGCCAAUCGCCGUCGUCGGCCUCUCCAUGGGCGAGCAGGAGGAGGGGGCGGUGAGCGCUACCCGCCGGGCCGCGGCCGCUCCGAGGUGAACGGCGCGGAGACCGGCUCGCGGCGCGGGGAGGCCGGGCGCGCCGCCGCUAUGAAUUCCGCCGAGCAGACCGUUACGUGGCUCAUUACCUUGGGGGUGCUAGAGUCGCCCAAGAAAACCAUCUCGGACCCGGAGGGCUUCCUGCAGGCGUCUCUGAAGGAUGGAGUGGUCCUCUGCAGGCUGCUGGAGCGCCUGCUGCCCGGGACCAUCGAGAAAGUCUACCCGGAUCCGCGCAGCGAGAGCGAGUGUCUGAGCAACAUCCGCGAGUUUCUGCGAGGCUGCGGGGCCUCCCUGCGCCUGGAGACAUUUGAUGCAAAUGAUUUGUACCAGGGGCAGAAUUUUAACAAGGUCCUCAGUUCCUUAGUGACUUUAAAUAAAGUAACAGCAGACAUUGGCCUGGGAAGUGACUCUGUGUGUGCCCGGCCCUCAUCUCAUCGGAUAAAGUCUUUUGACUCCCUGGGAUCCCAACCUUCCCACAGUCGGACUUCAAAAUUAUUCCAGGGCCAGUAUCGAAGUUUGGACAUGACCGAUAAUAGCAACAAUCAACUGGUAGUAAGAGCAAAGUUUAACUUCCAACAGACAAAUGAAGAUGAGCUUUCCUUUACGAAAGGAGAUGUCAUCCAUGUCACUCGAGUGGAGGAAGGGGGCUGGUGGGAGGGCACACACAACGGCAGGACUGGCUGGUUCCCCAGCAACUACGUCCGAGAGAUCAAGCCCAGUGAAAAGCCCGUGUCUCCCAAAUCUGGAACAUUGAAGAGCCCUCCCAAAGGAUUUGAUACUACUGCCAUUAACAAAAGCUAUUAUAAUGUGGUGCUACAGAAUAUUUUGGAAACAGAAAAUGAAUACUCGAAAGAACUUCAGACUGUGCUUUCAACCUAUCUACGGCCAUUGCAGACCAGUGAGAAGUUAAGUUCAGCAAACACUUCAUAUUUAAUGGGAAAUCUAGAAGAAAUAUGUUCUUUCCAGCAAAUGCUUGUACAGUCUUUAGAAGAAUGCACCAAGUUGCCUGAAGCUCAGCAGAGAGUUGGAGGCUGCUUUUUAAAUCUGAUGCCACAAAUGAAAACCUUGUACCUUUCAUAUUGUGCCAAUCACCCAUCUGCAGUGAAUGUUCUCACGGAGCACAGUGAGGAGUUGGGAGAGUUCAUGGAGAUGAAAGGUGCCAACAGUCCGGGGAUUCUCGUGUUGACCACUGGCCUCAGCAAACCAUUCAUGCGCCUGGAUAAGUACCCCACUCUGCUCAAGGAGCUCGAGAGACACAUGGAGGAUUAUCAUCCGGAUAGACAAGAUAUUCAAAAAUCCAUGACUGCCUUCAAAAACCUUUCAGCCCAGUGUCAAGAUGUACGGAAAAGGAAAGAGCUGGAGUUGCAGAUCCUGACGGAAGCCAUCCGGAGCUGGGAGGGAGAUGACAUUAAGACCCUGGGCAACGUCAUUUACAUGUCCCAGGUCAUGAUUCAGUGUGCCGGAAGUGAGGAAAAGAAUGAAAGAUAUCUUCUACUCUUUCCAAAUAUUUUGCUAAUGUUGUCUGCCAGUCCCAGGAUGAGUGGUUUUAUCUAUCAGGGAAAGCUACCAACGACAGGAAUGACAAUCACAAAGAUUGAGGACAGUGAAAAUCAUAGAAAUGCAUUUGAAAUAUCAGGAAGCAUGAUUGAGCGGAUAUUAGUGUCAUGCAACAACCAGCAGGAUCUCCAUGAAUGGGUGGACCAUCUACAGAAGCAAACAAAAGUCACAUCUGUCAGCAAUCCCCCCAUUAAGCCUCAUUCUGUGCCGUCUCAUACUCUCCCCACGCAUUCAAUCACCCCAUCCAGCAAGCAUGCAGACAGCAAGUCGGUGCCACUGACGCCUGCCUACCACACACUGCCCCACCCCUCCCACCACGGCACCCCACACACGACCAUCAACUGGGGGCCCCUGGAGCCUCCGAAGACCUCGAAGCCAUGGAGUCUGAGCUGUCUGCGACCCGCACCUCCCCUCCGGCCUUCAGCUGCUCUCUGCUACAAGGAGGAUCUUAGUAAGAGUCCCAAGACCAUGAAAAAGUUGCUACCUAAGCGUAAACCAGAGCGGAAGCCUUCGGACGAAGAGUUUGCGCUGAGGAAAAGCACAGCUGCUUUGGAAGAAGACGCACAGAUUCUGAAAGUCAUCGAAGCUUACUGCACAAGCGCCAAAACACGGCAAACACUUAACUCAACAUGGCAAGGCACUGACCUGAUGCAUAAUCACGUCUUGGCUGAUGAUGACCAAUCAAGUCUAGACUCCUUGGGUCGUCGCAGUAGCCUUUCUCGUUUGGAGCCUUCAGACCUCUCGGAAGACUCUGACUAUGACAGUAUAUGGACAGCCCAUAGUUACAGAAUGGGUUCUACAUCUCGUUCACGUAAAGAAUCUGCUCCACAAGUUUUGCUUCCAGAAGAAGAAAAAAUUAUAGUUGAAGAAACUAAAAGCAAUGGUCAGACAGUGAUAGAAGAAAAGAGUCUUGUUGAUACCGUCUAUGCAUUGAAGGAUGAAGUCCAAGAAUUAAGACAGGAUAACAAGAAGAUGAAGAAAUCUCUGGAGGAAGAACAGCGAGCCCGCAAAGACUUGGAAAAGCUGGUGAGGAAAGUUCUAAAGAACAUGAAUGACCCUUCCUGGGACGAGACCAACCUCUAAGGAACGUCCACAGCUCUUUCUCGAAGACCAGUUAGGAGACUAAGCUGGGACCCUGGGGCAGGGCUGUGCAUACAAAAGCUGGAGUUCAGGCGAAUAGAAACACAUUGUUCCUGAAGAGUCCAGACAUGAGGUAUCGACACCGAGGGCAACUGCAUUAAUCUUACUCUGCUAACAUCUCAAUUACCUCAUUUUGCAAUAAGUGCAGUGACUGACUACAAAUCCUGGUCUUUCAGGCUUUUAUUGAAUCUAUAUAAAUAUUAUACAUACAUGUUCCUUGUAAAUACCCCAUUUUGAAUGCAUAUCCCUGAUUGCUAUAUCUGAUACCCCUGCUAGAACUUCUUUCCCACUAACCUUUCUGGUCCCAUGACCUAGAAGUUGUGUUCACACACAUACGCAUGGAGAGCAGAGAUGCGUGGCUUGUGGUAGAUGCCUGACUUCUCCACUGCUGUAGUUCCUACAGUGCUCUGAAAAUACUUGCCCCUUUGGUUGCCUAACUAAUUUAACCUUAUUUAUAGCUGCAAAGACACUUGAAUGCCAUUUGAAAGUCUUCUGUUAAAGCAGUAUUGCAGUCACCGACGUGGGUGUCUCUGAGUGCCGUGCUCUGGCUGAUUGAGGGUCUGGGCCUCAGCCAUGAAUCCCAGGAAGUCCCACUCACAUCACCGCGUCCAGCUGCAGGUGCACCCUCUCGUCUGCUUUGUGCGGAUCCUGUGGUCACCAGAGUAUUCACUGCACUUGGAGAGAUCACACAGACUUGUAUAUGUAGGUUAGUUUAAUAACGUGACCAAGUGCACUGUUUUGUCCUCAAAAGAGAGCGCUUCACUAGAACCUGUAAAUAAAAUGUGUUGCACAUCACUGCGGCGAAGACGAAGUGAGGUGGUGCUAUGGGUAGGAUUCCUGUGUCAGCCAGCGUAAACCCUGAGCUCUGCUUUACCGUCAGGGCAGCAAGCAUUACUGCAGAGCUCACUGGGAAAGAGAAGAAGAAGCAAUAUCCACCUUAAAUCCCACCUAAAUAAUGGAAGUUUAAAUGUGGGUCCGUUCCCUCCUUGUAUCCAAACUGCAGAGCAGACGGAGGAGGAAGCCGACCCCAACCUGGCUCCGCAGCCCCUGGGCCAGGGCUCUAGAAGCCCUGGCAGGAA